CUGUAAAAUCAUUGAUAUUACUAUUUAUCCUGGCUAUUUUAAUGUAGAAAGUACAUAAUAACUGCAUAUUGGAUCUGAUUUGCCAAGUGGAAGAUAAAAUGAGUUUAAAAACAUGUGUCAGUUUAAAGAAUAUAUCUAGAAUAUUCUAUAUGUUGUUGCUACAAUAUUUCAGCUUGGCUGAAAACACCAUAAUCAGUGGCCUCUCACCAAGUGUCCUUGUCAUCUCAUUGGAUGGUUUCAGCCAAAGUUAUCUGCAGAAGUUUCAUUUGCCUAAUAUCAAAAAAAUUUUCCAGGAUGGUAGCCAUCCUAAAAUUUUCCAGAAUCAGUACCCCACCAACACAUUACCCAACCACUUCAGCAUGGCCACAGGUUUGUAUGUUGAGAGCCAUGGUGUGGUUGGCAGUCCUUUAUAUGAUGUCCAGCUUGAUCAGAUGCUAAAUGGCACACAUGAAGAACUCUACCUGCAAAAUAAAUUAGUUAAACCUAUUUGGGUUGUAAAUGAAGACCAUGGUGGAGUUAGUGCUUGCCUGAUGUGGCCAGGCUGUGGUAUUGCCUACCACAACUCAUCAGAAACUUACCAUGUCCCUUUCAACUCGAGUGUGACAUUCUUGGAUCUCAUAGACACGGCACUCACACUUCUCUCCCCUACAAUGUUCCGCAAACUUGACCUCAAGAAUCAAAAAACGAGAAUUUCCAAGACCGCGCUAGUUGAAUCAGGGCCACCAGAUCAUGUGAACUCGUCUGAUGUAGGAGGCAUCAGCAAUGGAAAUGUGCCUUCAUCAACUGAAGUGCCAAUUAACAGUGAAAAAUAUGUUAAUUCGUCGACACCAUCUGAGCCUGAAAAAUCUAAAGCAAACUUGGCAAUUCAAUCUUUAGCUUCUAAAGAUCAGAACAAAAGUAAACCUGCCAACCUUGUAAUGUUAUACUAUUUCCAGCCUGAUGCAAUUGGUCACAUGUAUGGUACUGAGUCUGAUGAACUCAAAGGAAUUCUACAGCAGAUUGAUGAAGAAAUUGGAUACUUGAUGGGCCAGAUGAAAGCCUUACAGCUCACUGACCAAGUCAACCUGAUCUUGCUGAGCGAUCACGGCAUGAUCGACGUGCCUCCAUCCAACGUGAUCGACUUGAAGUCAUUUGUUGAUCCAAGUUAUUAUACCUCAUCAGGCUCAUCGCCACUCCUGCAUAUUUAUACUCAGCCAGGUAAAUCAUACACGGUUUUUGAGAAACUCCAAAAUGCUUCUAAAAAUAAUGCCUUCAGUGUCAUCAUCAAAGAGAAUAUGCCAGAGAGUUUGCACUACAACAUUAAAAUGCGCGUGAGUGAGUCAAGACCGUUCGGCUCUCACGGUUAUGACCUCGCUGUUUGCCCUGAGAUGGCUCCUCUGAUGGUGGCUGUGGGUCCCUCGUUCAGAAGUAACUUGCUGGUUCCAAGCUGCAGCAAUGUUGACAUCUUCCCGCUGCUGUGCACGCUGCUGUCUCUGCCAACGCCCCACAACAAUGGCUCCCUGGAGUCGCUGGAGCUCAUGCUGCGCACGCCCCCCACGCUCUACCUCCUCUACAGGACCUUCCUUGUGCUGGUGUGCGUGGUAGGACUGAUGCUGCUGGGCAUAGGGCUGUACUGCAAGCUCCGGCAACCGCGUGUACAGCACCACAGGCUGCGCACCGACCCCCAGUCCCUCAUCGGGGGGUCUGACCACAGGCCCGCCGUGGCGCGGUACUCGCGCCCCAGCGCCAUCAUGCUGUCCGAGGACGAGCUCGAGGAGGAGGAGAAACUCUUGUCCAGCGCUGACGUCUGGGAAGUGUGAAGGGGUGGAGGAGUGUUAUAACGGAGGGAGGAGUGUGGAGGGAUGGAAGAGUGGGAUAGCGGAGGGAGGAGUGAGGAGUGGAAAGGCUGAGUGAGAAGUGCUAUGGGAGUAUGAAGGCAAAGCGAGGGAGGUUGAGGUAAUGUGCAGGCGAAGAGAGAAAGACUGGGGAAAUAUGGAGGAAAAGUUAGGAAGUGUUGAGUAAGAAAAACAAGUUCAGUGUUGGGGCGCCUAGCUAAAACAGUGCGUUCGAGUUGCUCACACUUGCUGACCCAAGCUUGUUUUGACUCCUGGAAGGAACCUCGCCUGUCUGGUACCAAUUUCCUAGCAAAGUUGACACCGAAACCUCAUAGUUAUUGUGAUGGAAAGUAUUGUUACGCCUUCAAUUGAGUAUUAUUGAAUUUGUAUCACUUGAUUAUUUUUGCUGUGUGCUUUGUAUUCUAAUGCAGGCAUUUAACUGAGCAAAUGCUUGAUCAAGUCAUUUAUUGCUGUAUUUCAUUUGCUAAUAAGGUAUGUUUAUUGUUCCUAUUGGCGCCACUUUUUAGGUAUUUUGGCUUGGCGCUCCUAAUUUGUUCGUUUACGUAUAACGUUUGUUAGAGAAAUGAUGAGUAAUGAAGGUAUAACAUUUUUAUAUAUAUAACUCAGCCUAAUUUCUGAUUGUUUAAUGAAAAAUAAUUUUGCCGAUUCCGAUAUGGCUAAUUAGAGGCAGGAACCGUAAUGGCUUAAGUGCAACUUUAACUCUCUACCAUCGACGCUGCUUCUGGCCAUUUUUCAUUGUUCCACUGCAGCCAUAAUUUAUAUCUUGAUCUGUGCGUUCUUGUAUUGAUUCUUCUCAUUUAAUGAGGUAGCAGCGUUCCAUAUGCUCCUCGAUGCUUUCUUUUAUAUGGCAGGCAAUACUGGAAUACAGACGACAUGCAUUUAUGAUUACAUCAACGAUGUUCUUUUUUCAGCUCUGUUGCGAAAAUGUAUUCUAAGCUGCUGUAUGAAGUCUGGGCAUUACCGUGUGAUGCCGUGUUUGGGCGGCCCCGUGUGAUGCCGUGUUUUGGUUCGCCCCAUGCGAUGCCGUGUCAUAGCAUCACAGUGUUAUGCCGUGUUCCGGGCAUUACCGUGUGAUCCUAUGAACAAGCGAGCACCCGUUCUUUUCCCUUAUUAUUUAGCUUGAUAUGAAUGUUUGCAAUUCUCUAGCACGUUGUUUUCCAGAUUUUUUAAUGAAAGAAAUAGUUUGUAAUUUUCAAUUAGAAAUUAAGAGUUACCGCCUUGCUACUGGUCUCUUGCUGGUCCACGAUGGCUUUAGCGGUGUAUGCCACCGAUAAUGUUGAUCAGUGCCAGUUGAUACUAUAUUCCUUUUGCCAGUUUGUGCCAGUUGACAAUUGACAUAAAGUGAACGAAAUGUGCGGUCGUUCACGGCGGUUGUGAUCACUAGUCUUCCUACGCAUUCCUUGCGCACGAAUUGUUAACUCGUGCUAGAAUAAGGCAUAAAAUUCUCAUGUCUUUGUUGACCCGUGAUAUGAUGAGCUGGAUAAUAUAUAUGCUUAUGUUAGUUUGAUUUAAAUGCGCUAUUAAAUGCUUCUGCUUUUUGUGACUAGCGCGCUGUAAAAUUGGCCUGAAAUGCAUUUGCAUUUUUUGACGCCUUUUCGGAUGGGCCAUUAAUUUAUCAAUGUGUUAUUUGUUCAUUUAAAGCGGAAAUUAAUAGGCGUCCAGCGCUGGUAGUUGGCGGUUACCACGAGCCAUGUUCCUGUUAGAAGUUCGCGCUCAAAUAAAGGAGCGAAGUCUUGCCACCACAAUACUCUGGCUAGUCCCGCUCACACAGCAAGCUUUUCUUAUGGUCAACAAUUAUGAAGUUGAUAGAAGUUUCAUUUUAUUCAGUAGAAUCUUUUCCGUACUGAGGCUACACUGCCAGUUUGCGGGGCCUUUUCGAUAAUCUGACUUAGUCUUAAAUUUUAUUGACAUAACGUUUAGCGCGAGCCGAUUUUCUUGAUUAAUAUCCAUAUGUUGGGUUACUUAUACGCAGUUUCCUAUUGGUACAAAACUAUGAGCAUUCCAACACUAGUCAUUGAUGUCAGGUGAACCGUUGUUUUCUUGGUACAAAACUAUGAGCAUUCCAACACUAGUCAUUGAUGUCAAGUGAACAGUUGUCUUCUUGGUACAAAACUAUGAGCAUUCCAACACUAGUCAUUAAUGUCAGGUGAACCGUUAUCUUCUUGGUACAAAACUAUGAGCAUUCCAACACUAGUCAUUGAUGUCAUGUAAACCUCUAACUUCGCCGACAGUUUUUAAACUAUUAAUAUAGCUUGUUUUGACUUGAUUCUAUCUACUCUCUGAGUUAGUUUUGGGUUCUGGAUUGUUCAAUCUCACUGUGUGUGUUUGUGUUUUGUUUACUAUUCGAAGUGUUGUUUUUUUAAUUUAAUUCUGCUUUAUGCGUUUCAUUUCAACUGUGUGCUUUCUGCUAAGUUAUUUAUCUUAUGUGCUGUUCCUUCUCACUAUUUUUAGCUCAAUGUUGCUGUGUCCUAUUUUAAGUUGUGCUUUAAUCUCACGAAGAUUCAGGUGCAUCGAAACAAACGCCAUAGUCUAGUCAUUUCGUGUCCUUGGUUCUCAUACAGACAAUAAUACGAGAGUAGUAAGAACUUGUGACCACACUCAACGUUUCUCUCCUUCAUAUGAAGUUAUCAAUAACUUUAAUUUCAAUUAUACCGAUUGGCGCUGGAUUAUUGAAGCCAUAAGUAUUUUCGAGCAGGUGGUCCGUAUGUGUGGACUUAUCAUUUGCUGGAUUCGCAAUGUUACUAUGAUGUUGCCUCUAAUCUUAGCAAAUGGAUGAUUAAUUAUUCCCUAGUUAUCACCAUUGAUAAAGGUUGAAAAAUUCAUCGAUUAGUUUUUUGAGAGGUUCAAUAUAAUCAUCACAUAACAAUGAUAACAUAUACCUUAAAAUAAAGUGUUUGCAACGUGUGUGCCAUGCUCAGUAGUGACGAACAAGAGAUUAUGACUUUUUAUUUUCCAAUAUUAUUUAAGACACUGUUACAUCUGAAUAAAAUUCUGUAUGAAACCUAAUAUUGUACUAGGUAAUUCUAAAAAAAUGUGCUCGAACCUAAGAAAAUUUUUCCAUCAGGGCUUUAAACCACGGUUUUAUGAACCGAGCUUUUGUUCGCUUCUGUGCCUUUCUGCCGUCGGCCAUGGAGCUGACAAGACGUUUAUAUUUUUUUGUAAUACAGUCAAUCUUAUU